AUGAAUUCUAUCUCCAGUGUAUUAAUAUUAUCAUCGAAUUGUGCGACUAAAUCAGAAAUGCAUGAAAUUAGUGCUUUUUUUAAACUGAGUGAUGAUACUAUCAUCGUUUAUCCGUCAUCUGACAAUCAACUAAAAUUACAACAAAUAAUUAACUCUGCUGUAAAUCCUACAACAAUAUUGACUAAGUCCGGUGUCUACACAGAGUCACUGGUUAUUGAAAACAAAUUUGUUUCUAUAAUUGCUCAAAACUUGGAUCAAAUUGUUGAAUUUCAACCGUUGCAUAAUAACAUUGCUAUUCUAUAUCGAAGUGGUGGUGGUGGUGGUCAAGUCAAAGGUAUACUUUUUACGGGAAGAAAUGCCACUGGUAUUAGUGGUUCUCGUAAUGAUCAAGAAGAACCUCCUGGCAAGAUCGAAAUUUUCAAUUGUACCUUUAGAGAUAUUGGAAAUGGUGUGAUCAAUCGAUUUACUCACAUGUCCUUCGUUGGAGUUAUUAUUAAUCGAGCACAGUGA